GGUGGUCCACGUGAGAGACGUGACCCGCGGCUUCAUUCUCGAUUUGCAGAAAUGGUCAUGGCGGUGGUGGUUCCGAGCUUCCCGCCUGCAAGCUAACAAACCCUCGCCCUUUCUCUCCAUUUCCUACUUGUUGAGAAUUGCUAGCUCACGGUGUGUAAUUUUGUUUUUUUGCUGGCCUGUUGGAUUUUUCGGACUUCGGUGAAACGGAGAUGGGGAAUUGGUUGUCUGCCGAAGAACCGCCGCCGCCGAUGGUGCUGGUUCCGCCGCUCUUCGAUUUUCCGCCUCUCGCCGCCCGUACGAGAAUGCUGGAAUCUUCGUAUGAUUUGUUGUUUGGGAAGCUUGCGUUGAGAUGCCUCUUCGAUGAAUAUUUUGAGGAAGCGAAACAUUUCAGCACGAGAAUAAUGCUUAAGCCGAUUGAUGAUCCGCAUGUUGAUUUGAUAGCUACUGUUGCUGGUCCGUAUGAUCACAAACCUGAUGAGCAAAUUAUUGGAAAUGCACAGUUUCGCUGGCAAAGUGAUGUUGAUGAUCCUCAUACAUUUGUCGAUCUUUUUGUCUCAAACUCUGAACCAAUUUUACUAAUGAGGUCCUGUGCGUACUACCCCAAGUAUGGGUUCGGAGCAUUUGGAGUCUUCCCUAUGCUUUUGAAACAAAGAUUAUCUGAUGAUUAUGGCUUUAUGGGUUUGAGAUAUGGCUCUUCAAAUCUAUCGGUUGGAGUGACAGCUGUUCCUUUCUCAUCUAGAGAUGAUAUCCCAAGAAAUGCAUGGUUGGUCAGCAAGAUAGGAAGUUUAACUGCUGGAGUGCAAUAUGAACCAAAAUUUGGCAGCAAAGAUGGAGCAAAAUACAAAAACUUAGCAAAUUGGAGCUGUGCACUUGGUUAUGGAUUAGGAUCUGCCAGUCCAUUGAGUCCAUCUUUCACCUUUGGGCUCGAACUAGCUCGGAAUUCACAGUUCAUUGCUUCUUUCUAUCAACACGUGGUGGUCCAACGACGGGUAAAGAAUCCCCUUGAAGAGAAUGAAGUAGUCGGAAUCACCAAUUACAUUGACUUUGGGUUUGAGUUACAAACAAGUGUCGAAAAUCACAAGCCAUCAAACAACAUUCAAGAUUCCACUUUUCAAGUGGCCGCAUCCUGGCAAGCCAAUAAGAACUUUUUACUCAAGGGAAAAGUCGGGCCCUUAUGUUCAUCGAUCGCCCUAGCUUUCAAAUCAUGGUGGAAGCCUUCUUUCACUUUCAGUGUAUCAGCUGUUAGAGAUCGCAUCCGGGGAGAAACAGCUCUGGGAUUGGGCAUUCAUGUGGAUAAUAUUAGGGAAGCAAGUUACCAAAGAGCAGAUCCAAAUUUUGUGAUGCUGACACCAAACAAAGAGCAUCUGGCAGAGGGAAUACACUGGAAAGUUGGGCAAAGAACUUUGCUACAAUCAGAUGUAAAUGCUGGAAACUUCGAGGGAAUGCCCAAAGAAUUGAGACCCUUCAAUAAAAUAUUGUAAUCUCUCUCUCUCUCUCUCUCUCUCUCUCUAUCUAUGAAUCUAAUUAAUUAAUUAAUUACUUCCAAUAUUUCUCAUCCUAUAGGAACAGAUAGGAUAGAAGCCCAAACAAUCAAAUUUUGAAAUCAA